AUGGGCUGUGGCAGUAGUUCUGAGGUGAGAGCAAUUUCACCAAACAUACAUAAUAACAAUGACAACUACGCCAAACAAAGACAACAACAACAGCAGCAGCAGCAACAGCAACAGCAACAACAGCAACAGCAACAGCAACAACAACAACAGCAACAGCAGCAACAACAACAACAACAACAACAACAGCAGCAGCAGCAACAACAACAACAACAUGAUGCUGCACAGCAACAGGAACAACAACAACAACAACAGCAUGAUGCUGCACAGCAACAGGAACAAAGAGAUUUGCUGGAACAACAACAAAAACAAGAAGAUCUAAACAAAAAGCUAAACGAACAGCAAGCAGCAAUAAAUCAACAACAAGACCAGGAACACCAAGAGGAGGAACAGCAACAACGAAAUCUGCAACAACAGGAAACACCAGACUCAACAAAUGAUGAAUCUGCUCCGGAAGAGACGCUAGAACAAGCUCGAAAUCGUCUGUCUGUGUAUGGACAGUACGAUACGACCUACACCGUUAAACAGGUGUCGGACAUCAAUCAGGAAAACGCCCAGAGUGUGCUCUUUAUCUGGGGCAAGUUCGUCCAUCUCACUGCAGCAUUCAAGGACGUUAUAGAACCGGAAGUUACAGCUCGGAAGGCCGAGCUCGAGCAAGACUGUCCCGGAUUGUUCGAAGAGGAUAUGUUAUUAGACUUGCAUGGGAAGUGGGCUUCACAUCCGGUUAGUAUAGUAAACAAGAUCGGAAUAAAAAUGUCAACAAUUCGCAAAUAUGUAUCAAAAUGCAAAGUGGCAACACUUCUCGAAAUGAAAAACAAAGACUAUUGGUCCGAUGUUCGGGAGGAUGCAGAAGGAGUUGCGAAUGAGAUUCGAAGUGACGAGAGCAUUACACUAUACCUUACCGAGUACCUCGAGCUUCUUGAAAGAUUUUUUGCAUUGUAUGAACAGUUAGGUGGUGACAUUCCUUUCAGUCCCCCGCAAGCGGAGGGAGACCCAAACAAGUGUACGUUUUUACUCCCAAAGUCUGUGGAAGCAGACCCGGAAUCGUUACGACGCUGGGCAGAGACAUGGGAAGUUUUUGACUUUAUUGUACCAGAUCACGGGGCCUGGAGUUGGUAUGGAUACGAAAAUUUGGUGUUUGAGGACAUAACGGAAAGUGUUGACUUCCCUGAAUUGCUGAGAGAAGCAGGGGAUGAAGAGCUUCCUGAAUUCGAUACUGAGGUGGAGGGGGAAGCUGCUUGGAAUGUUAUAGAGGAAAAUCUGUUGGCAAACGACGUCACGACAGACAAACAAGACCAGAUAUGGGCAGAACGAGAAAAACGUUCAGAUUUCGAUAACCCAGAGAGAAUGAAAAAGAGGAGAGAAAAGUUGGAGAAGUACUUUAUCACCAAGUAUGAAUGGGAAUCAUCAGCGCUCGAUGCGUAUCGCGGAUGGGCGGAUGUGUUAGAGACAGGUUGGCAGAAGUUCCAGACUCUCUGUUCUUGA